AUGGGCAGUGGCCGGAAGACCUCGCUCGUAUUGAACGUACUUGUGUCGUCCGUGCAAGAUCCGACAGACAAGAUCAUUACCCCGAAGGAGACCGCAUGGGUUCCAGGAAAGAUGGCCAGGGAAUCACCUAAUUGCCAGCAACCGACGUACAAAAAACAUUGCGGAUUGGAGCCACUUUUGUACACACCAGGCAGCUCGUGCAGCACGAGCCGAUCCCGCCGCCAGAAUGGCGCGAGCCGCGGAGCGCGGCUGGGAGGCUCCGCAAACAGCGGCCUCCACAAUCAGCGUGCACGCCACGCUGCGUGGGUGUGCGCCGUCAGGUGA